AUGAACGAUCCAGUCUAUGGUUUAAUCAUAGGUAACAUUAUUGGCGCUAGAGAUCCAUCAAAUCCUGACCCAGAAUGGGACAAUCGCAGGAAUUAUAAGGAUGUAGUGGGAAAAAAUCCGCAGGAAAUGGUGAAAGGCUUAGCCGUGCAGACUAGAAGUCAAAUUCAGAAGGAAAAGGAGAAAUAUAAAUCACUGAAGGUAACGAGCAUCACUAACAAUUUGAUCUCAGCAGAUGAUAUGAGAGUUGCACAGAAAGAGGAUGCUACACUAGAUAAGUAUCGGGAGUAUGCAAAGACUGGUACGCGAAAGUUCACAGGACAACAGAAUGUGUCUUGGUUUGUCAUGGAAAAUAAUUUGCUUUUCCGAUAUUUUCAGUCUCCUAAAGUCAUUCAGUUGGAAAUGGGGUAAUGCGACCUAACAAUGACAAGCUUGACGCUAUCUAAAAUGCCCCUAGUCACGUAACCAAGAAACAGGUGCGUUCAUUUUUGGGAUUGAUCGGUUAUUACCGUAAGUUUGUUCCCAAUUUUGCUGUUGUUGCUUGUCCUUUGACUGGCUUAACUAGAAAAGGCAUUCCAAACAAGGUUGAGUGGCGCAAUGAACACGAAAGGUCUUUUAAUGAUUUAAAGGCAUUGCUCUUAUACGCCCCAAUUCUUAGACUCCCAGACUUUAACAAAGAUUUCUUUCUCACAACAGAUGCUUCCGAUUACGGAAUAGGUGCAGUGUUAUUGCACAUGCAUAAGAAAUUGUUUCCAAUAGCUUAUGCAAGUAGAAAGUUGAAUGAAAGAGAAAAAUUAUUCUGUGAUUGAAAAAGAGUGUUUAGCAAUUGUGUGGGCUGUAAGAAAGUUUCAAGCAUACUUGUAUGGUAGGACUUUCAUCCUUCAGACAGAUCAUCAACCAUUGGUGUAUCUGAACAGAUCAAAAGUUUCAAAUGGUAGGUUGAUGCGUUGGGCCAUCUUUUUACAAUCUUAUAAUUUUGUAGUUCAAGCAAUCAAAGGUAUUGACAACAUUGGUGCAGACUUUUUGAGUCGCCAUGUUUUGUAAAUAUUGUCCUUUCAUAUUAACGCUCAAAAAUAAGGUUCCCAAUUUUGAAACUUGAGAGGGGAGGUAUUGUCACAAUUUGAGUUUGUUUUAUUAUGCUUGUUAUGGCGUUCCAUAGUUUGUUCUCAUCAUAUAGUCGUUACGGAUAGUUGGUCACGGCUGUCAGACCGGUUUGUAAAUGCUUACGUGUUAGUUCUGACCAGGCCGUGGAAGUGGGAAGGUGUGUACGCCCAAUGUGAGAAAAUGAUAGACCUGUGUGGUCGAGAGUUUUACCUGUGUGGUUUACUGGGCCUGCGUUGUAUGUACAUUUAGUACGGGUGUUCGAAUGAUGUUCCUGUGUGGAAAGUGAGAACACAAUUUUGAGCAUUUCGACAGCGGUGACCAGCUGUGUGUGUUAUUGUAUGGCUCGAGCAGGUGCUCGCAACAUGUAUAACAUGGCGUUCUGAGAUAUUUGAACAGCGUUGGAGAACGACCUAUAGAAAUACAGGAAAUACGUUCACGGCUACAGAAACGUUGAGCGAGUGAUGGACAAAGUGUCACCACGUGUCUGAAGACAGCCAACGACUGUUAUGUAAAGUGUGGUAACUCUUUAGUCAACGUAUUUUGUUUCGCCAUCCUGUGUAACAUAUUUCGAAUUCGAGAGACAAGUCUGCUGGUUUUCUUACAUAAGGCAACAUAACGUAACAUUUAGCUUUAGUCGGGUACACGUGUAAUCGUCUGUAAAUUCAUUUUUUGUUUGUUAUAUUUUUGUUUUGUUUUGUGUGUAUGCGUGUUGUUGUGUGCAUGCGUGUGUAUGAGUGUAGAUGUUACUUGCUAUAUUAGUGAGCACGAUAAUAAACUUAUUUGCACAUA